UUCACCACUUGAUCCAAUAUUUUUAUUUCGAGUUAAACGAAGCUUCCCAAAGUCGCUGUUAUAAAGAAUUGAUUUUUUCUCAAAGAGUUCAAAAGGAUUCAUAGAUUUAACGCAAUUUACUGGUAAAGAUUGAAUCUUUUUGGGAUUCUGAGAAAAUGGGUUUGCUUAAAGGGACUUUUCUUGAUUGGGAACAUGAAUCUUACCCAUCAUAUGAAGAUUUCGCUGUUCUUCCAUUGUUUGCCGUCUUCUUUCCUACUGUCAGAUUUUUGCUUGAUAGAUUUGUUUUUGAGAAAGUGGCCAGAAGGUUAAUAUUUGGAAAAGGACAAGAAGUGAUAGAAAAUGAGACUGAUGACCGGAGGAGAAGGAUACGAAAAUUCAAAGAAUCAGCAUGGAAAUGUAUAUAUUUUCUCUCUGCAGAAGUUUUUGCACUUUUGGUGACAUACAAUGAGCCUUGGUUUACAAAUACCAGAUACUUUUGGGUAGGGCCUGGUGAUCAGGUCUGGCCUGACCAGAUGUACAAGUCCAAACUGAAGGGACUUUAUAUGUAUACCGGUGGGUUCUAUACAUAUUCAAUAUUUGCGCUAAUAUUUUGGGAGACAAGGCGCUCUGACUUUGGAGUUUCAAUGAGUCAUCAUGUUGCCACUGCGAUUCUUAUCGUCUUAUCCUAUAAUAUCAGGUUUGCACGUGUCGGUUCAGUAGUUUUAGCCAUUCAUGAUGCCAGUGAUAUAUUCCUCGAAAUCGGAAAGAUGUCCAAAUACAGUGGUGCUGAAGCUCUUGCUAGCUUUUCGUUUAUUCUUUUUGUUUUAUCCUGGGUUAUACUUCGCCUCAUAUACUACCCAUUCUGGGUUCUUUGGAGUACAAGUUAUGAAGUUCUCCAAACCCUGGAUAGGGAGAAGCACAAAGUGGAUGGACCAAUCUAUUACUAUAUCUUCAAUUCUCUUCUAUUUUGCUUGCUGGUUCUUCAUAUAUAUUGGUGGGUGUUGAUGUACCGGAUGCUUGUUAAACAAAUCCAAGCGAGGGGCCAAUUGAGUGACGACGUGCGUUCUGAUUCUGAAGAUGAACAUGAAGAUUGACCGUGUCUGAAAACUUCUACUGCUGCUAUGUUCAUGUGAAGAAAGGAAACAACCAACCGCUCUUAAGAACUUGUCGGUGAACUGAAGCUAUAUGCUAUUAAGUUGAUGCUUUGGCUCAUCAAAACGUGUGAUUAGUUGAGGUAGGUUGAAGGAACUUCAUUGAUGGAGAAGGAGGCCAUUUGAUCAUUUGUAGUUAAUUUAACUCACCAUUUUCUGGUCAUUGACACUGCCAUAGGAACAUUAACAUCCUAUUUCCUCUUUCUUUUCUGUAAUUUUUUGGCACCAACAAUGUGCAUAAUGACUUUGAUUUGUAAAAUAUUAGACUUGAAACCGUUUCGCUCUCAAAGGGAGUUGAUGUAAACUUAUUCAUGAAACUUCUGCAGUAGUUUCCAGUUGCACUUGAAAAAUCACAUUUCAGUCUUGCAUGGUU